AACUGCCGCAAGUUGUGUCUCAAAACCUUCUCCAACGAGUGGACCGAGUCCUGGGAGGAGUUCAGCGUACAGUGUCUCAGCCAGUUCUCAGAGGACAGCCUGCUCCACUGCAUCGAUGAAGUGGAGGAGCCGUGCGAGCUGGGCUGUGACGGCCUGAGCUACUGUACCAACUUCAACAACCGGCCCACGGAACUGUUCCGCAGUUGCUCGGUUCAGGCGGAUGACGCUGCCCGCAAUGACGUGGCGCUGUGGACAAGCAAGGGAGUGCUGACGCUGCCCGGCCUGCAGAUCCCCAUCCGCAACAUCUCACAUUGCUCGCCACUCACCUGGAAGGCUGUGGCUUGCACGCUGCAGAUCAAACCGUGUCACCGCACGUCCCACACCAACAGGAUCUGCAGGCAGGACUGUUUCAACCUGCUGAGUCAGUGUAUGGACUGGACGCGCAUGCCAGCUGACACCUCGGCCGCCUCUAUCUGCAGCCGCCUGUCCCCUGACAACCCUAACACUCCUUGCGUAUCACUGGAGCCAUACUUGGAGCCAAGCGACCAGCCCUACAGCCCUCCCAGUGACCAAGUGACCCAGCCCUGCAAGGGUGAUCCCUGCAACAUCGGCCAGGUCUGCGCGGUCAACAGAUACUGUCAACCCUUACGCUCCUGUCAGCCCUACUCCUGCUCUGAUGGCUGCAAGCUCGGUGAAGUGUCUCAGCACAUUGUGCCUGUGGGCUCUUACGUCAGGAUCCCGAUAUCCAGCGGGAACAGGGGCUGCCUGAAGAUCUGCCAGUGUCUGGAUGGCGGCAGCAGGGACCUUGACAACCACCUCAAGAUUGAAAACUGUCAACCCAUGCCGUGCUUUCCUUUAGAGGAUUGCUGGAUCGGUAGUAACCGGCAAGAGCACGGCAGCUCGUUCUACAUCGAGUGCAACUUCUGCAGCUGCUACGCGGGUGAGAUGACUUGCACCAAGAAACAGUGCGACAUGGGACUUAGGGACGUGGCCUUCACGAGUCUGCCGUGCAACUGUCCCCCACACCACGUUCCUGUCUGCGGGAGAAACGGCAGGACCUACCCUAGCGCCUGUCUAGCCAAGUGUUCAGGGUUAAAUGACUCAGAUUUUGAGUUCGGCUCCUGCGAGGAGAAGGACCCCUGCACCGGUAACCCCUGUGAUGAGGGAGAGGCGUGUAUACCAGCAAAGAGGGUGUGUCUGUCCUUGUUGCACAGUCCGUGCCCGCAGCAUCAGUGCGUGAAUGUGCGAGACGCGUGUAACACUCAGGAGAGCAACCCUGUCUGCGACACAGACGGCCAUCAACAUCCCAACACCUGUUACCUCGUGCGUUACGGCAAGACCCUCGCCUACCACGGCCCCUGUCUGAGUGGGUGUAGACGGACUGGAGUGGUGUGCGGAAUCGACGGCAACACAUACAGUUCUGAGUGUGCCGCAGUGGCCAGGAAUGUGCUGGUGGACUACCCGGGCCCCUGCCUGGCCGUGGGGCUGAUAGACACACAAGCUAAGCAACAGUGCAGUUCCCCCGUGAUAUGUCCGCCCCUGGCCAGCCCUGGGUGUCUGGGUGUCACUCCCCCAGGAGCGUGCUGUCCAGUCUGCGCAGGAGCCAUUAGAGUCCUCUACAGCCAGAAACAAGUGGACAGGGCUCUGUACGCCCUGAAGUCCACCCAGGCGAUACGGGCGCUGACACUCCAGGCAGUCCUGAGAGCUCUGGACCGCCACGUGACUGUAGCCGAGUGUACGGUACGAGGUCACCUGACCGUGGAGCUCGACAUCCUGGUGCUGGUCGUUCCCGUAAGGCCGGCGCCUUCUCUACUGCAGCUGCAGGCAUGCGUGAGCGAGGCGGAGAAGCUCUCCAACCUGGUGCGACUGGCCAGCCCCAAGCUCGUGUCCGAGCUCAGCGUGGGUACACUGACGGCUGCCAGGGUCGUACACAACGUGGUGGUAAGCGGGGGCAAGGCCCUUUGGCCCACUCCCUCCCUCGCCCUCACCCCUGCGCUGUUCCUUCUGCUCAGGUGCUGGAGUUAGCUACUCUCCUUCACCCACCCUUCUGAGCCCAAAGAUUCUUAGAGACCACGGUCUUUAAAAUUACCAAAUUUGAUAACACUUGAAGACUGUACCGGAGUUAGAUUUGCUAUAUCAUCAGUACCCGUGUAAAAGUACCGAUCCCUUACUACCACCAGUAAUGUCAAAGAUUGUUGGUGAAAAUUACCAAGGCACGCAGUGACGUCACGUUAUGGAGACACAGCUGACAGCGGGACAUGCCUGACAUGUUAUUAUGGAGCUCAAUAUCUUUGAGCAUAUCCUUGACUCUUCCUUAACUUUAGUUUUCCACUCAACAACUCUUUAUCAAAGCCACUGUAAUAAACACGACUCCUUUUUUUAAAAUGACAGCUCAAUUUUAUUCUGAUAGAUGUUUUUUACAGAUUACUAACUUUUUAAGAACCUAGAAAUGUUAAAAUAAAGAGUAUAAGAUUUAAAGCCUAACCCAAAAGUUUUGUAUUGUAUAAUGACACAAUCUGGUUGUUAUUGAAAUCGAUGAAGAAUUUUUUCCUAAAUAAAGAAAUUUGAUCGUCGGCCAUACUAGUUUUGGCAGAGGUCAAAAUGGGAGGGUACGAAAAAGGGUAAAACUACGAAAGUAUGUUUUUU